AUGGCCACGAUUCCACCUAAGAUUAAAACAGAGAUAACUACUAAUGAAAGGCUGAAAACCUUAAAAAACACGUUUGAAGCGAAAUAUGGACAAUCACCUCUCUUCUAUGCCUGUGCACCUGGAAGGGUAAAUCUAAUCGGUGAGCAUAUUGAUUACUGUGGAUAUUCUGUACUGCCAAUGGCCAUUGAGCAGAGUAUCCUAGCAGCUGUUUGCGUGAACCACUCAGGGAAAAUCCAGCUGUCCAACACCAAUCCUCAAUACCAGGAUUACACUGUCUCGUGCUCAGAGGAGAUAACCAUCGACAAAGACAAUCCAAAAUGGUAUUAUUAUUUUCUCUGUGGAGUUAAAGGCAUUCAGGAGAAGUUUGGGAUCACUCCUUUAGCAGGGAUGUCAUGUGUGGUAGAUGGAACCAUCCCCCCCAGCUCUGGUCUGUCCAGCUCAAGUGCCUUAGUUUGUUGUUCUGGUCUUGUAACCAUGGAGGCAAAUCAGAAAUCCCUCUCCAAGGUGGAACUUGCAGAGAUUUGCGCCAAAUGUGAGCGAUACAUUGGUACAGAGGGAGGAGGCAUGGACCAGUCGAUAUCUUUCCUGGCAGAGAGAGGAACUGCAAAGCUAAUAGAGUUCCAGCCUCUUCGAGCCACGGACGUCAAGCUUCCAGAUGGGGCAGUGUUUGUGAUUUCCAACUGCUGUAAAGAGAUGAAUAAAGCUGCUUCUUCCCACUACAACAUCCGUGUUGUUGAGUGUCGGAUCGCCACAAAGAUGCUGGCGAAGGCACGCGGUGUGGAUCCAGGCAACUUGCUGAAGCUGGCGCAGGCGCAGGUGGCCCUGAAGGCCUCACUGGAGGAAAUGCUGGCUCUGGUGGAUGAAGUGCUGCACCCUGAGCCGUACAGCCGAGAGGAAAUUUGCAAGGUGCUGUGCAUCACCGAGGAGCAGUUCUCUACAGAUUUGCUGAGCGCUAACACCCAGGAUGAGACACACUUCAAGCUUCACCAGCGAGCCAAGCAUGUUUACGGCGAAGCCGCCCGUGUGCUGAAGUUUAAAAGUGUGUGUGACUCAGGAGCUGCUGAGUCCAUUCAGCUGCUCGGAGAGCUGAUGAACCAGAGCCACGCAAGCUGCAGAGAUCUGUAUGAGUGCAGCUGUUCUGAACUGGACCAGCUGGUGGACAUCUGUCUGAAGUCGGGGGCUGUUGGUUCACGGUUGACAGGAGCUGGCUGGGGAGGCUGUGCCGUCUCCAUGGUUCCCAGUGAGAAGGUGGAGUCCUUUUUGCAAGCUGUCAGGGGUGCUUACUACCUCCCAGACCCACGCAGAGCAGCGAUGGAAAAGCAGAGUUUGUUCGUAUCGAAGCCUGGAGAUGGAGCUAGAAUUUUCUUGGAGGAGUGA